AUGGAUCAGGCGGUCAUCCAGUGGUUCGCAGACCAAGUGCCCGAGCCAGGCGAGGAGGAUGACGCAGAAUAUUCGACUGGCCACUGGUCUUUUUGGUAUGUGCCGGCCGGGUGCUCUGGUGCCUUCAGCGCCGGUGGGGUGGCCCGGAGACAGGAACUCUAUCAGCACAUCGUGAACAUGUACCGAUUGGGUGACCCCUGCACUCUGAUGGUUCUUGCCAGACAGGCACAUCCAUUGUAUCCCCUCUUCUUCGACCUUGACAUCUUUGGAGGGGAAUCCGAUCGCUUUGAGGAUCAAAGUGUACACGACGCCAUUUGGGGCUUUGGGGACAUGCUGCUCCUGCGCGGCAUGGCCUAUGCCUUGCUGCAGAUUUACCCUCAGAUGGCCACCGGGAUGGAGGUCGCGGUAUUCCACUCCUCGGGGAUGAGUCAAGAGAAGCAGCGCUUCAAGGCAUCCUACCACGUCAUCUUUCCGGAGAUCAUCGUUGAUCGGCCAGUGAUGUGUACGGAGAAGAAGAUGCCAGGAGAGGCAGGGGCGAAGCCCAGCGGCCACCUGAUCUGCCGGCAGCAUUUGAUCUGCUUCUUCGCCAAGCGGGAGAAUGAUGACUUUAAGUUGCGAGAUGAUAGGAUUGUAGAGCUGAAGCGUCGGCUGGAAGCGCUGUGUGACUUUGAGACGGUGGGUAGUGGGAACGGAAGGAACGAUUGGCAAGAAAUCUUUGACGAGAAUGCGCUGUGGCACGACCCACGACCCGGGCGGCGAACUGGUUUCCGUCUGCCCUUCACAGACAAGGCCGUCGGCCAGGACGACGAUGAUCCCUUUUUGGAGGAUCGCCCGAAGCUUCCCCUGGGCCGAUGGCAGCUGCGAGGUGACAUCAAAGGUGAUCUCGAGGACUUAGUGGUGGAGCCUUUGCCGAACCUCAGCGACACGGAGUGGGUGCAACUGGGAGACAUCUCAUACUGUGCUGCGACGGGGCCGACCCAUCUGCGGGAAGACCUGGUGGAUAGAGAGGUCGACCUUGGUUGGGGAGGUGACUGCCCCUGUCUCGUCUGCAGCGGCCUGCGGUGA